AUGGCUUCUUUGUUUACCUCAAUGUGUGCCUUCAGUUUUGCACUUCGGAUACAAGACGGGCUACAGUUGAAUUCAAGGAGGAGUAAUCUAUGGGGGUAUCAAGAUGGUUAUGAGGUGUGCCACUAUGAUGUCCCAUUUGACGCUGAUGCAUUGAAUAGAACGGUUGGCCGCUGUAGUUCUGGGGCUGAUUAUGGCCAUCUGUCCCGCCAUGCUGCGUCACCAGACCCACAGACUGUCCUCGAGGCGAUGUCUGGCUUCCAGAGAACGGUGUUGGAGUCCGACCUAGGUGCAGUGCAGCCAACUGUGGAGUUGCUGCAGCUCAGUAGGGAUACAGCGGUAUCAUCCCCAUCUCAGGUGAACUCAAAUGCGAAGGGCCCGGGUUUGGGUGGACAUCCUGCUGGUGAUGCUGAAAGGAUCCAGGCGUAG